GGUUUAGAUAAAUCUUGUGUUGAAGUAGGCAUUGAAAUGAAAAAAAUAGGUCGUGUUUUGAAUGUACGCUGGUCUGCAAGCAGUUUUCGAACUAUAAAAGCCAUAUGGAAUAAUUAUCCGGGAAUAUAUUUACAUGUUAGUAAAACACAUGAUGCGACAUCAAACGGCAUAAAAAAAAAAAUUAGAAUCCUCUUCUUUUUUGGAGGAACUUGGACUUUUUUACGAUGUUCUUUCUGAGCUUGCAAUGUUAUCUUGUAUAUUACAGUCCAGAAAAACAACUCUAAUGCGUGCCCAGUCGGAGAUAAAUAGAACGAUUAGAAUUUUAGAAAGUCUGAAAGCUGAACCUGGGGAAAAAGAAAAGGAAAUUAUAGAAGCUAUUCAGAAAGGAAUUAACAAAGGUGUCAAUAUUACAAUGACAAAAUCAGGAGGGAUUAACAGGUUACAAUUUUUGCAAAAUUUAGUAGACAGAAUGCGUCAACGCUUAUUUGAUGACUCAAAAAAUAAAACAAUGCUAGAAGACAUUCAGGUAAUUGAUGAAGUGUUCAAAGUAGCAACUAAUGAUGCAAAGGGAGAAGAUGAAGUUAAAAGAGUAUCACGGACAUUAGGUUUUUCUGAAUUUGAAAGUGUAGUUGACUUCCGUUCAAGAAAUGUUUUUUCUAGUUUCAUGAAAGCAUUAAAUAUACUCCCAACUUCAACAGCUGAUUGUGAACGAGGGUUUUCCGAUAUGAAUUUGACAAUAACUGAUUUAAGGACUAGAUUAAACAUUGAAAAUGUGUCAGAUUUGAUGUUCAUCUCUAUCAAUGGCCCUUCAGUUGCAGAUUUUAAUCCUAGACCUUAUAUUAAAAUUUGGUUAAGAGAUCACCGUUCUGCCGUUUCCACUCCUAGAGGUAAAGAAAGAAAAGAAAUAGACGACGAAAAUAAGAUGCAGAAAUUAUUUUUUAACAAUUUAUUUAAUUAAAUUUUUUAGUAUUUGUAUAUUUUCAUAUUUUAUUGACUUAUAAAGGUAAUUUCAAGCUUUUUUUAAAAGUUUGAUUUUUUUUUCAUAUUUUUAACACAUCCUUUAUAAUUAUAGACCACAGUAAAAAUAUUUGUAUAUUAUUAAAUAUUCAUGUUUAUUACUAAAUCAUGGAUCUUCACCUCGACUAGUCUUAGUAUACUCUCAAAAAAAAUAUUGGGAACACCUCUGCUCAUCAGCAUUCCAGGAAUUGGUUGUAGCAUGAAUAUUAAACCAACAAUGAAUGCAGAAUAACCACGUUGUUUUGAUACUAUCGUCAAAAAUGGCGUA